GGUGGUACUGCCAUCACUCUCUUCAUAUAAAAGAUCAAAAAUUAAUAUAACCAGCCAACAAGUCCAAAACGAAAAUCAUCAAAAUUAUUGCCUACCCAUUAACCAAUUAAUCGAUCAAUCGAGAGAUUGAAUCCAUGGCUGAAGCUGAAGCAGCAGAAUCUCAAAAGGGUUUCUUCAAGAAACACUGGGAAGGAUAUAAGGAAUUCUGGUGUGAAAGAUUUUCCUUUUUGAACAACUAUUCCAGAUUUAUCAAGCGUGAGAAGCCUCUCCCCUCUUGGACUGAUUCUGAUGUUGAAGAGUUCAUUGCCUCUGACCCUAUUCAUGGACCAGUUCUUAAAACUGCUCGUGAAGCUGUUAAAUAUGGUGCUGUAGGCAGUGUUGUAGGGGCAGUUACAACAGCAGGCUGGGCGUGGAAAUACUCGAGAAGUCUCCAUGGUGCUGGGCUAUCUUUUGCUGCUGGGGCUGUCUUUGGCUGGACAUUUGGACAGGAAAUCGCAAACCACCAUCUGCAGCUCUAUCGGUUGAAUACCGUGGCUGCCCAGACCAAAUUCUUGGAAUGGUGGCAGAAGAAAGUGGAAGGGCAUUGAUGGAUUUCCUUGGGUGUUGGAUGCAAAACCUUUUCUGCAAUAAAAACCAGCUGCACUGUGAACUUGACCCGGUCUACUCCAUGGCAGCUUUAGUUCAUAUUAUGGGUUGGGGGUGAAUGAAACAGAAGAAAUUAUGAAAUGCCUUGUGGCUUUAGCUUCUACUGGACUAGACAAAAUAGAGAUUUUGCAAAUCCAAAAUGACAAACAACUUGAGUUUUUGCCUGUUCACUCUUUUACAUUUCCAAAGUUUUCUAAUUUUCUGCGAGUAUGACUCUGAUUUAAACGUUAUAUUUUCA